AUGCCCCGCUGUCCAGCGUCGGUUUAUCUCAUGUGCAUUUUCGGGCAGCUCUUCCAUGAAGCGUUUGCCUUGAAACUUCCGAAGAACAUCCUGGAACUUCCAGACCAAGCAGAAGCAGUGGAGCGGGAAAUCGUGGAAGGAGACCAACACGGCGCCAACAUCGCCCUGCUUGCUGCUGCAGAGGGAGGGAAACAUCACUUGGAGAUGGUUUGGGCACUCCUGGCCCUGGACUACGAUCCUGAUGGUCUCCAGGAGUGGUUGUCGACUGCUUCGUCCCCUCCAACUCUAUCCGCAGAGGGCCAUGAUAGGAGUCUGGUCGAGGACGUUGGGAACUUGCUGGAAACGAUCCGCGCCAACCGGCCCGACGGCCCCGAUGCCGUGAAGGCGCUGAUCCUGAACGUGGCCAGGAGGGGCGGAGCGCAGGGCGGAGCGCAUCGAGUCUCGAAGGCGCUACAGGCGUUGCAGGCCUUGGGUUACAGCCCCCAGGAGCUGCAGAGCUGGAUCGAGCGAAAAACACAUGGCCAGGCUCUGCUAGCAAAGGGACCAGCCCGUGCUAUCGAGAACUCUUGGAACGUUUACUUGCUGAUCGAUGCCUUGAAGCAUUCGAGCAAAGCGGAGGUGAAGAAGGUCCUUGCCCACAUCGGCGCAGAAGAGAUGGUACACGUACUCGGGAUUUUCGCUGCUUUAGGCUACGAUUACAACGGGCUUUUGAAGUGGUUGCAGUCGGAGUCGGAGGCGGAGGAGGUCGAAACGCCAGGAAAAAACUCGGAUUUUGCUCUUCUCUUGAAAGACCUGGAGGCGGAGGCCGAAACCCGGGCCGAGGUCAAGGAAGUCUUCGCAAGGAUGCUGAGGACAGGCAACCUUUCAUCCUCUUUUGCCAGGCUGCAAUCCAUGGGCUACGACCUCGAUGCCAUAAAGCGCUGGUAUCAGUCUCGCCUGAAAGCCACUCCACAGCCUCAUCAGAAAGACUCCAGAGCCGGCAAGCCCAGCGACUUCAGGAACGAUUCCAUGACGCUGACAGCGCCCAAGAGGCUCUUCCAUGAGACCAUGCAGCAAAACAACAGUGCCACGGCGGCCCAGGCCGGCUCUGCGAAGCAAGAGAAGGAGAAGGCCAAGGCCAAGGCCGAGGCCGAGGCCUCGAAGGCGAAGACCGCGGUGGAAGUCGCGGAGACCGCGGAGACCGCGGAAGUGCCCGAAGCGCCCGAGGUGAAAUCCUCGCAUUCCCGACCUGAAGCUACAGCAGCCACGGCAGCCACAGCAGCCACAGCAGCUACAGCAGCUACAGCAGCCACAGGCUUCGAUGAGCUGCUGCUGCGGGUGCAGGCGGGAGACGAGGUGGAGGUCAUUCGGCUGCUUUCCUCCGAAUUCAGAUCAGGUGGCCGGCCACGGGUCGAGCAAGCUUUCGCCUUCUUGGAAGCUGCAGGAUAUAACCACAAGGACGUGCAGGCAUGGCUGACUGGUGGUCCGCCCCCUUGA